UUUGGGCAUUAAGCUUACGUUAUAAACUCCUUUGUUUUAAUUGUACUCAGAUCUCGGCUAUCCCUGUUUCGCCAUUUCUGCGGCACCACAGGCCUAAGCUGAGGAGCGGUUGCGCUGUUGCGCCCGUGCCGGCGACCUGUACCCUGCAACGCCACGGCUGCGCCAUGGUCGUGCCGCUCUUUUCGCCGCUGUACCGCAGCAUCAUCCGCUUCUGCGACCCGCACGUGCCGCUCCGACUACGCCCGCUCUGGGAGCACCCGGCCGGCCCCAAGACAGUAUUCUUCUGGGGGCCGCUGCAGAAGUGGUGUCUGGUGCUGACUGGGCUGUCCGACACGCUGGGCCGCCCGGGGGACAAGCUCAGCCUGCCGCAGGCUAGCUCGCUCUCACUGACCGGCUUCAUUUGGUCGCGCUACUCGCUGGUCAUCACGCCGAAAAACUGGAGCCUGUUCGCGGUCAACUUCGGCGUCGGCCUGUCGGGCCUGUUCCAGGUGGUGAAGGUGCUGCGCUACAAGGCCUCGCAGCCUCCCGGGCGUGCAGGGCCGACGCCGGUGCGGGGAGGGACCUGAUUCAUAGACAGAAUAUGUGGCGAAAAGGACUGGUGGUGGUACUAUGCAGGCAUGUGUGUAGGUGUGCAUGUUUUGAAGAAAAGAGCUUAGCGAAGUUCGGAAACUUUGUGUAGAAGGAAAGGACCAGAAUUGGUACAUACAAUAGUCGAAAAUGCCACUUGGUAGUCACUUAUCGCGAACGUAAUAAAGACCUUGGCGGAAUAAAGCGACCACAGAAAAAUAUCGGGCACGAACUUAUUGUACGAAAAAUAUGAAACACAACUGAUCGAAAACAAUACAACGGCAUGACUAAAUAUCGAAUUAAACAAUGUCUAAGUGCAAAAUAUCAACGGAAUAAAUAUCGGCUGGUAUGAAUAUCGAGAAGGUAAAUGAUCUAUGACUAGCGUAUAAGAAUGAGCAUUGAUGGGAUCAACUGGAAAGGUAAACGAUCGAAUGCCAUUGAACAGUUGUAUUUUGUCAGGUGUGUUAGGCGAUGGAUCGGGGAGCAAUGCCGAAAUACAUGUGAUUAUUCUAUCUAA